AUGGAGAAACUUCUGAUGAAAAUGGAAAGAGAUCCUCGGAUCACCUGGAAAGUUUGUGUUUCUGCAGCGAAGGGUUACUUGAAAGCUAGCUUUACUGAAAAAACUUCGACAAUGUUGAAGCAAUCAGAACAAUUAAUCAAGUUUAAUGAGAGAAGAUAUGCUUAUAAGAAUCUCCUCUCAUUGUAUGCUGGUACUGGCAGUAAGGAUGAACAAUAUCGUUUUUGGAAUUUCUUUAAGAAUUCAGCUGGUUUUAAUAAUUCAAGCUAUCUACAUAUGAUAAGCUUAUUGAUGAAGUCAGAUGGCAAAGAUGUUGCUGAGGAGAAGGGUCUUUGGGAAAAGGAUGAGGCAUUUGUAAGGAUAGUAGAGAGUAGUGGGAUGGAGCUCAAUGCAGACUCAUUUGUUCAUUUAGCAGCUGGAUACUGUGUUGCUGGUCAUAUGGUGAAAGCAGCCGAAACAAUGAAGAAAGCAAUUUCAAUAAGUACACCAGAAUGGAAGCCGAAUACUAAGGCUUUUGCUGCAUGUCUGAAAUGCCAGGGAGUUGUGGGAAGCAGCAGAAGAGCUUUCCAAGUUAGUCAUGGAGCAUUGUCAUUUCAAACCAGCUAUUUAUGA